AUGAGCAAGCACAAAUCAGAUUUCUUAUCACGCAUCAAGAGCGGGUUUCGCUCCUCCAAAGCGUCCCAAAUUGACGCCCCCGACUCGAGUCGUUCCAGCGGCAUGGCAGAACACAGCCGAGGCUCGAGCCCGCACCCAAAGUCGAAAAAAGAUGAUCAUGGAUUCCUGGAACUUGCAGCUGGGUCGGAUCCCGACGUCGACAUCGUCGCCAUCCAUGGCUUGGACGGUCACAGAGAGAAGACAUGGACGGCACGGACGGAUAGGAAUAGGAUUUUGUGGCUUCGUGACCUCUUACCACUCGAUUUACCCAAGGCACGAGUGCUCACAUAUGGAUAUGAUGCGGAUACUCGCAGCCGGGAAUGCGUCUCAACGAAUACGAUAUACAGACAUGCCGAAAAGUUCAUUCAGGAGCUCUCAAGAGAACGCAAUGGUGCUCCUCGACGGCCGAUUCUCUUCGUAGCCCAUAGUCUUGGUGGUAUCAUUCUGAAGCAGAUUGUACCGCGGCAAGCAGCUACUCUUGCUAGCGAUCGGCAAGCGACUCAAGAGGGACUUCGCGCUGACCAUUGUGAGAUGGUCAAGUUCCUGAACAGGACUCAGAGCGACUAUCGGUGUGUUCUGACGUAUCUCAAAGAGUGGAUGAAAGAAGCACCUAGCUCGAUAGAAAAGAAAUGGUCUCUAGAGGAUGCUGUUCGAGCUACUAAGCAAGGCGUACCAACUUCGUUACCCAAAACCAACCUGCCAAAGCCUCCCCCCGCCGUCUCGAGGAACUAUAUCGAGCGUCCAGAGAUCCAGUCGACGAUGACCCAGUUGCUACUUCCUAGUGGCGAGAAACGUCAUCAACCACGCUGUAUUCUACACGGAAUAGGAGGCGCCGGCAAGACUCAGCUUGCGGCAAAUUGGAUCAGACAACACGGCAAAAGUUUUGACCAGAUAAUCAUGGUCGAUGCCACCAGCACGGCACAGCUUGAGGCCGACCUACAACGCGCAAUCCGUACAAUCGGUCCUGAGUACGCCAAUUCAACUUGGGAGGAUACUGUUGCCUAUUUCGAGGGCGUGGCAAGAGGGUGGUUGCUAUUCUUCGAUAAUGCGGACUCACCAAAGCUCGACCUUGACCCAUACAUCCCUAAUUCUCCCAAUGGAGCAACCUUGAUCACGACGAGAAACCAGGAGUGCACACAGUACGCGCCAGAUGGCGCGAUUUACAUUGGUGGCCUAGCGGAAAGCGAGGCCGUCGACCUCCUUCACAAGGUCGCCAAUGUCACACCUACAUCCAAUGACGCGUCUCUGGAGAUUGUGCGAGAGCUAGGAGCGCUAGCACUCGCAAUAACCCAUAUAUCUUCAAAACUCGUCAACUCAGCGGCUACCUCGUCACUCUUCGUGAUCACCGAGAUCAACUUAUGCCUGCCAAACAAGACACAGGACCUACUGAAGAUUUGUGCAUAUUUCCACCAUACAGGCAUUCCAAAGGCUCUUUUCGAGCUUUCGUCUAUCUCGGGCUUUACUGCUCGCACGAUUCUAGAGAAUUAUCCCCCGCCGGAGAGUGACGUGGCUGUUGUUUCCAACCUCGAGGAGAUUUUUGGAUCGACUUGGGAUGAAAUCUCAUUCCAGGCCUUGAUUGAUGCCGCACAGCGAGCCUCUUUUAUCAAUACACUCACCGACGACUCUGGAAGCAUCUUCUACUCGAUUCAUCCACUCCUUCAGAGAUACAUCGCGGAUUCUCUUGGAGAUACUGCAAAAAUGUUUAUAAGCAUGGCUAGUCAGCUUUUACUUGGAGCUACACGGCACUCAAACGAGAGCAAUGCCCAGUAUUGGCAACUGCUAUCACACAUUGAUGCCCUUCCUUGGUCAUUAAAGACGGCGAAUACUGCGCAUGCACUGGCAUUCUACAAGAUCUAUGAUUUAUUAGGGAUCUGGAAGAAGUCCCAUAAACUCUUACAGUUUGCACGGUCCGACACCACCACCCUAUUAGAGGGGCCACAGUUCGAUGGCCAAAAAUGA